AUAAGUUCCGAGUGAUUGGGUGAAGCUCAACAUUGUUGAAAUUAUCAAACUUGUUUAGUUUUUAAUUUAAGUUCUGAACGGGAACUGUCAUCUUUGACAGUUCGCUAAUUACAGUAAAAUUAGUGAUAUCAUGCAGUAGUGCAGUGCUGUGGGAGUGGGAUUUUUCGUGAAGAUGGAUUUAGCACUAGCUGACACAAUAUCAGUUCGGUAUCUGCCCAUAAAAGUGAGGCAUAAAAUUGCAAUAAUCCUUGAUGUACCAGAUACCCUUCAUGGACAGCGGGAUUACAUAGAAUUCGGAAUAAAUCUUCUGGGCUGUGAGAUGCAAGAAAUAAGGGCAUUAAGAGCCAAUACCACUGGUAGCAUAACGCAAGAAAUUUUCAACAAUGCAGUAAAGAGGAAUGUGUCCAUCAAGAAAGUAUGGGAUACCCUGAAGAAAAUGGAUGUCAUAGGGUGUGAAUACAUAGAACAAGCAUGGGGAGAUAUUGUUGAACAAUAUCAGACAUCAAGGCCUGGCACAGAGAAUUUGGAGUCUUGUCUUUCAAAUUGUCAUUGUCUGAACUGUCCAACCAUCCAUCCAAAUUUUAAUGUUUGUAAUAUACCAAUCUCAAAUCAGCAUAGUAUAACAGACAAUAAUACAUGUAAUACCUUCGGUACCCAUGUUCCCUUAUAUAGCCUGGAUCAAAACCAUUUUCUUGGUGUCAAUGACAUGUAUCCAUGCAUGACCGGGCCUCCAUGUACAUGCAGAAUUAACUUUCCUACUGCUGAACACUGGGCCGGAGACCGUGAACAGACAGUCAGAAAGACCCCACUCAACUCUGUGCCUGUUUCGACACAAUGGACACAACCUGGUGCCAUUAACUGGUUGCCUCCCAGCUGUGUGUCUUCAGAUACAAGACACUCGAGUUCUCCCAAUACUUUAUCUUCACACUUGGAUGUCGAUGACUGUGCUGUAGCAAAACCUGCUUCAAUUACAACAGACUUCAUACAGAUGGCCAUAUCUUCUAGAAAUCCUUCCCAUCCUGAACACCAGGUUAGUGGUGGUUAUUCACCAAUGACCGGAAACCAGAAUCCUGUCGUAGCAGGUCAAGACUACACCGGUCCUUGUGAUAUCUAUGAUAAUGAAACUACUUCCAUGUUAAGACGUGAAUUGAAAACACAAGCGUACUACUGUAGUGGAUAUCCAUGUCAAUGCCCCAUGUCUUCUAUGCAGUACCUUCCGAACCAGAACCCUGCACCCAUCUCUCCAACCCAAUCAGAUUCCAGUUGUCAGUGCUAUACCUGUAAGAGGAACACUGCCCCCCCAGGUACUGUUGAUCGGUUUAUCGUCUGGGUUCCCGUCACUCGAAGAACUCAGAGUUGUGCUAAUCCACUGCAGACGUUGAAUCGUCAAGAGUGUCAGAGAUGCAACAACCCAUCCGGAGAUCCGCAGACAAAGGAAAAAAUCCAGAUCGUUUUUAAUGAUAAACUACCAUAUGUGUUUAUCACUUCUGGCCAAAAAGAAAAUGGUGAAUGUGUUCAUAAGCUGGUUAUGAAGUUCAUUGCACAUCUGGAAAAGAAUGGAAUAAAUGUUGUUGCACCUCUUGUUGAUAAAUUGUACUGCUCAAAAGUUUUGACUGAUGGACCAGUGAGAGAAAUGGAAAGCUAUGAAAAGGUUUUGGAGUAUUUUCUAAAACAGGCGGCCUGUGUGAUAAUGGCAAUAACUCCAGGAUACUGCAGCUUCGUGGGGGCAGGGAUUGAUAAGAAUUCCAAAGAAUGUGAGGUGGAGCCAGAUAUCUUCCGCCAACAAGUGUUGCAUGUUUACACACUGAUGUACACAGAAUUUGUUAGUAAUGGGAGCAAGAACCACAGAUUCUUUCCAGUUAAGCUUAACAGUAAGAAGAUUGCCACUGAAGAUGAGCACAUCCCUGAGUGGAUAAAAUUGACAUUAAUCUACAUUUUUACUGCACACAAGAUAAGCAAUGACCUACUUGAUCACUUAAAGCCUUCAUUGGUAUCACCGUGAUGGGCAGACAAAUCUAAAGCUUAAUUUAAUAGAUAUCCUGACAUGCAAAUUAAUCAGAAUGUUAAUUUAAUGGAUAUCCUGACAUGCAAAUAAAUCAGAUUGUUAAUUUAA